CCUCCUCCAUUUUAGCACCAACAAAAUUCCUUCCCCUCCUGCUCUCCCUCCUUUAGCAGGCAGGGCAGAGAAACCGAAGAGAACUUGAUAUUCAAACCCUCCUUCUCCUUAUUCCCUUCAUUUCUUUCUCUCUUUCUCCUCGUGUUCCCGCAUUUUGGUAAAAAUGAAAAUGGCUAUUCGACUAGGGGCAGCCAUCCUCCUCCUGGCCAUGGCUUUGGCUGUGCUUGCUGAUUCAUCACCCACACUUGACACCGUCUUUGGCCUCACCAGCCUGGCAGGAUCCAAAGGCGGUGAUGGCCUCGGCGGACUCGUUGCGGACUUCAUUGAUGAGGAUGAGGAGAUGUCUGUGGAGUCUGAAACAGCCAGAAGAACUCUUGCAGGUCGGCCAAGGUAUAUCAGUUAUGAUGCCAUGAGAAGAGGCAAUGUCCCAUGCAGCAGGCGUGGUAACUCCUACUAUGCUUGCAAUGCUCAUGGUAGGGCUAACCCUUACCAGCGCAGCUGCACCAGGAUCUCUAGGUGCCCAAGGAACACUCGUUGAGGACCCUCUUUGAAUCCGAUGUGCUAUCGAUGAAAAUGGAGAAAGAGACGAAGCUUAAGAAUGGUUUCAAGUAAGUCAAAAUGGUGUUCUAGGAAUAAUAUAGCAAAUAAGAUUGUGGGCUGGCUAAUUAAUCUCAAUUGUUCUGAUUUCUCCACCCCAGUUCACUGCAAA